CCCCUCCCCUGCCCCGGAAGAUGUGUCUGUUUGGGAAGCUGACGGCAAACUUUACAAAAACACAUCUAAGAGUGGAACUGAGUUUGGUAGCACUUCUGGGGUCCUUCUUAACAACACAGAUGGUGUUGCAAGGUCAGAGGAAGGUGACCAUGAGGAGAAAACUGUUUGAACUAUUCCAGAUUUGGAGUUGAUAUGAGAAUUUACAACUCUAUGCAUAAUGAAGAAGCAGCCAGUUGUGUUUGGGAAGGAGGAUAGUGGGAUGGCAUCAGGUUCAGUCCCUGUUUUUAAUGUCUUCAUGGAACAGCCACAGACCACUGGGAAAGCUGAUCAAGGAGCCUUGGCUUCAAAUCGAGAUGACGCUGGUCUUGCCAGCAGUACAGCAACACCAAUGAAAUCUAAAGUGAAGACCUGCCUUCCGGCAGAUUGUACCUUGGGAGGCACUACUGUCACUUUGGACAACAACAGCAUGUGGAACGAAUUCUACCAUCGCAACACAGAAAUGAUUCUGACUAAGCAGGGAAGGCGGAUGUUCCCCUACUGUCGUUACUGGAUAACUGGCCUAGAAUCCAACCUGAGGUACAUCCUGAUCAUGGAUAUUUCUCCUGUCGACAACUUCCGCUAUAAGUGGAAUGGCCAUAGUUGGGAGCCAAAUGGGAAAGCAGAACCCCAUGGGCUGGGACAGGUAUUCAUUCACCCAGAAUCGCCUUCUACUGGUCACAACUGGAUGCACCAGCCAGUGUCUUUCUAUAAACUCAAACUUACUGACAAUACCGUGGACCAGGAAGGGCAUAUUAUUCUGCAUUCCAUGCACCGCUAUCUACCUCGAUUACACCUAGUGCCUGCUGACAAAGCCACAGAGGUUAUACAGUUGAAUGGUCCAGAUGUCCACACCUUCACCUUCCCACAGACAGAAUUCUUUGCUGUGACAGCAUAUCAAAACAUCGAAAUUACACAGCUAAAAACAAACUAUAACCCAUUUGUCAAAGGGUUCAGGAAAGAUGGACUGGUCAGUAGGUCCCAAAAUGAUGAAAAGAAAAGUUUAAGCUCAGAGCAGGAAGGAGAUAGAUUUGCAAGCAUUCUUCGUAGUUCUGGUGAAGAUGUUGUUUUGGAUCCAGAGCAGAGAGACCUAGUUACUUCAAAUAGUGGAUGGAAGUUUUAUAAUCCUGAUGUGAAGAUGGAAUCAUUCUAUCCAGAACCCGAUGUGCAUGCAUGUGAUGCACUAGUAUUAAAGCAAGAAGUUUCUGAAUGUCCAAUAGCUAGCCCUUGUGAAAGUGACUUCCAUCUGAAAUCCUUGCUGAAUUUAAAUGGAGAUAUCAAUAUUUCUAUUAAAGAUGAGCCAGCAGAUGACUAUAAUUAUGGGUCAAUUGUGAACCCAGAAGAAAUACUUGUGAAGGAAGAGAAAACUGAUGAAGAGACAGAGGAAUACUUCUGUAGAAAUGUUGACCCCCUACUGGAGAAGCAGCUGAAGAAACACAAUGAAAUUGAAAGAAAGGAAAUAGAAACUGAAUCUCACAAGCAACCAUGGAGUAGCCUGCUGCAUAGUGCUGAAGCAAGAACGUUAAAAUUGAAUAGUGGGACAGUUCCUGUAGCUUGCCUAAAAAUCCAUGAGGUGUCCAAGCAUAUGGUAAAGGUCUCUGCCCUCCAGGCUGUCUUAUCCUCCUGUAUGAAAAAGAAAAAUUUGAAUCACUCAGUGAAUUCUUUGUCUGUCCAUUCUGAAAAUAACAGUAUCUCUAGCCAAGUUACAGCUAUGGAAACAAAAAUUAAAAAUCUUCUUUCUGGAAACAGAGAACAGAAAUGUUCUUUAGUCAAAGAUGUACCAUGGAAAAAUCCUGAAACAUAUAGCAAUGCCAUAAUGAAAAAAGCAUCUAGUUCCAAUUGCAUGCCCUUGGCAUCGGCCAAGUUUAUCUUUGGAAGGAAAAGGACAAAUGCAAUUAAGAAUUUCAUAUUGAGCAAGGGCAUUGAUAGUAAUCCAAAUACUGUAUUGUCAGGGCCAGUUAGAAGAGGAAGACCGCGAAAACGAAAGGUUUUGGAGCUUGAACAAUGCCUGAAAUAUCCUGGAAAGUCUAUUAAGAUAAGCCGGUGUAACCCUUUGGGACCAGACUUUGCCCAUCCACAGUUCACACCUGAUCUUGACAAUGUGGAUGGAAUCCUCUUUGCAUCCUUUGCAUCAAAGGAAGUUCUUGAUAAUCACACUGUUGAUAAAUCUGGGGGAAGCAAAGAACUGCCGAAUGUACAAGCUCCAUUGCUAACUAUAUGUGACUCAGACUAUCAAGCAAAGCUGCAUUUGCUAGAAACAAAGCUCUUAGAAGAUUUGAAGUCCUUCAGGCACAAACAAGUGAUCCAUCCUAGUCUUCAGGAAGUGGGAUUGAAACUGGGUUCUGUGGACCCAACACUUAGCAUUGACCUAAGAUAUUUGGGAGUGCAGCUGCCUCUGAACCCUUCAAAAGAUUAUGUAUUUGGGAAUGCCAAAGGAUCAAGUCCAAAUUUUCAAGAUACUGGCCUUUCAUUCAUUUCCAGGACGGGGAAGACAAAUGAUUUUAGAAAGAUAAAGGGCUGGAAGGGAAAAUUUCACAGUGCUUCUAAGCAGGAAGGUAGCAUUUCAGACGGCUCCUUGAAGAACCGAUCUGCUUUCUGUAGCGAUAAACUGGAUGAAUACUUGGAAACUGAAGGGAAGCUAAUGGAAACAAGUAUAAAAUUCUGUCCUAGUUGUCCUGUGGCCUACCAGCUUCCAUCCAAGACCACCAGCUAUGUAGAAGCACUAAACAGUGUUCCAAAGAACCAAUCUGCUUUCACUGCACCUAACUCUUGUACUUUCAAGCCUCUUUCUCUGUCUUCAGUUUCUAGAAAGAGGACACAAAAAACUAAGAAUAAACAAGCAUCUUCAAGAGGCAGAGUAAACUCCUCCAGUAAGUUUGCAGUGCCUUCAUCUGGUCUGUCAAAACAGAAAUACAAUUUAUCAGUCUUACAAGACAAAUUAAUUAAGUCUCAGCCAAGUAGCCAAGUGGAUGAUGAGGAACAUGUUCUUGUGAUGUCAGAAUUAGAGGAAACUGUGCAGGGAAAACAUACACCUGUGUGCCAGGCACAGCAGAAUAGUCAUGCACUAAGCUUGUCUAAGACUCUGGGGAAGCUGAUGGACUUGGAGUAUUGUGCAUUGAGGAAAGGAAAGCCAUCAUCCUAUAUUACUGAAGAACAUGCAGACCUUUCUCUGGAAACUCUGUUGAUUUCUCAGCAGGUUCAAGUAGAGUUGAUGGAGUUGGAGAAUUGUGCAUUGAGAUAUGGGAAGCCAUGGACCUACGUUACCAAAGAGCGAGCAGAACUGUCUUUGGCAACUCUGUUUACCAAUGAAGCUCCACUCAGAAGCAAACCUGUCAGUAAAAUAAUCAGAAAGCAUGACUUGUCAUGCGGUAAUGACUUCUGCCAGCUUCAGUGUGUCUGUGCUGAUUUAGCUCUUGAAAAGUGCCAAGCUACACUUUCCAGCAAGACAGAUGGCACAUUUGACUGUCUGAAAAAAAGAAUAAAGGGAGCCUCUAAGCAUAAGUUAAACUUGAAGACAACUUUGAGUGGAAUUCUUUCAUGCUCUAAUGGGCAAGAUGACGAAUGGGAACUGGAACAGAACGAUAAUCAGAGGAUUAUAAAUAAAGAAUUGUCCAUAAAGGAAGAAGGAGAGAGUGAUGGUGAAACUGUUUAUAUCCCAUCACCAUUUGCCACUAAACCAACAAAACAUGUGAUGCUAUCUCACUUGGAGGCCACCUUAUCUUUCAAUAAGAACAAGUCUACCUACACUGGAGUCAGACCAGAGCAAAUGAAGACACCUAGACAGAGUGCAGAGAUUCAACAGGAGCACACAUACGCUGUGUAUUUAAACAAGUAUUUACACUUUGAAAAAGUGAAGUCAUGUUCUUGCAUCCAAAAAUACAAAGGAAAGAAUCAGAUGAAAAAGGAGCAACAGAGGAGUCUCCAGACCCCCAAUUGUGCAAACUACAUUGAAAAGGACCAUGAUUCUGAAUUCUUUAAAGAAACUUGUGGUACAGAGAAUGACUCCGAAGGGUCUGUUGUAGGAAUCUACUUGCAAGGAGUGGUUGUGUCAGAUUUGGAUAUUGUUGUGUCCAGUACAGUGCCAGAUGAGCUGAUGGCAGAUCAGCCAGAAAAUGUGGAGGAAUUGACGAUGGAUACAGUCAUACAUGACAAAAGUGUGGUUACUGCAGAGACAUCUCUAGACCAUAUAGGGGAAGAAUUAAUUGAGGCACCCUUCUUAUAUCCCACAGAUGUUAUACUGUCAGACCAUUCAUAUGUUAGCAAGAAACCAAGCAAAAUGAUUAUUCCAAGGAUGCAGAAUGCCAGAUGCCUUGAAAGUGCGUCUGAUAAGGUUUCUGAAGUUUGUCGUCGGUCUGAAGUUCUUGCAAAUAGUAUAUUGGAGAAAAACCCUACAAAAUGUGAAGAAGAUGCAGAGUUUAAAAGUUCAGGGGGGAAACAAAUGCAUGCUGUCCAAACCCAGAGGCCAUCUUCUGAUUCACAAGAACCUAAACAACUGCAGCUCAUGUUGACUGCUGAACAGCCACAGGAACAACACCCAAUUGAGGGCAUUAAUUUUUCAGAAAAGCAGCAGCAUGGGACCAUAUUGCCUCCGAGUCAGUGGGGAAACCAAGAUAACUUUGAACUGCUGGGGAGGCAUAGAAAGGAAAAAGAUGAUUCUGUAGAAGUACAGGGAUAUGGGAAAGAAGAGAGAAGAGAAGCUGAAGUCAGUUGUGCAAAGGACCAAAAUACUGUUCCAGGAAAGAAAUAUAUGAAUAGUGCUCAAGAUCUUUUAGCUAAAAGAAAUUCAGCUUUUCAGGAGAACUGUAAUGCUUCUAGUCAUAAAAAUGGUACUACUGAUAUUCAUGGAGAGAAUCAAAGUAUUGCGGACAACCUUGUUCAAACCAGCAAAAGUCAGUCAGUUGUUAAAUGCUUCGAGCAAAAUGCACAUAAAACCAACCAUUGCAAAAAUGAUGUGAUGUCAGUUAUAGGUAUUACCACGACUGACCAAGAAAAUAAUGAAAAAUAUGAGGAUUCGGUAGAGAUGACUGAUGGAGUUUCUAGCUGUGAAACUGAAAAUACAGUGAAUGUUGAAACACUGGUAAAGAACACAGAUCAGAAAGAGGAGUUCAGUGUUAAUAAGUUAGAAAAGAAAAUAUCACACUUGCAAAAGAUGGAGACCAUGAAGCUAGAAGUCACAAUGUCUGAUACCAAACAAGAAGAAAAUAAGUUGCCAGUGAAUGAAUCAGAGUGUCAUUCUGAGUGGAUUACAUGUGACAGAAAUGCUAUUAUUUCAGAGACUGCUGAAAAGGGUGUCGGAACUGUGGAGCAAUUAUCAAAUGAUGCUCCCAUCUUCCAUACUGAUGUUGUGUUGUUGGACCAUACCUAUGUCCUCAAAGUAAAGGCCGAGAAGGAAAAGCAUACUAAACUUCCUGAAUCGAUUUCAGAUAGCAUUUCUCUGUCGGAUGAAAGUGAAGAUGAAGAUGUGGACAUUGAGUCUGUUGAGGAACUUUCAGAUAAUACUAGCAUUUCUCUCUUGAAAACUGAAGCUGACCGUGACCUGCUCUCCAGACGACUAUCCUUCAGGCACCUUAUUCAUGACCAUUCAGAUAAAGUGACAGCAAAGUCACCUAAGCAACUUGAACUCUGGAACACGGAGCCACAGAUUGUGGUGCAAAAGGUUGCUUAUCGCCCAACACACACAGCAGAUGAACGGCGUCGUCGUGGAGAAAUGAAGAAGCUCUUUGAGAAACUGAAAGUGACUUUGGGACACACCCAGCCCAGAGUGGCCAAGCGCAUCCUCCUUAAGCAGGCCUUUGAAGAGAUCCAGGAGCUGAUUAAUCAGGCAGAUAAGCUGACUUGUCAGAAGACGUUACUGAUGCGCAAGAAAAACACCUUGAUUUAUAAAAUAACUGCACUCACAGGCAAAUCACAGAAGGUAGUUUUGAAGAAGCUAGAAUACAUUUUGGCAAAACAGAAAGUAAUGGAAACACAGACGAAUCAGCAACACCAAGAACAAUCUGUGAAGACUGUUGAAACUGUGGAGACCAUUCGUUCUUUGGAAGAUAAGCCCGCUUCUCUUUCUAGGGAGAACGAAUCAAAGAUCAUGUCCAAUAGGCUUACAAAACCAUUGAUUCUUUUGGAGAAAGGAGACUGUGACACAGAAAAUGAAGACUCCUUCAUGAUGCCAAGGAUAGUAAAUGUGGUGUCAUUAGCUGCCGAAGGAGUUACCAACUUAAACCUGGAUGUAAAUAAGAAUCCUCAUGUAGCCCUGGAUGCUGAUAUCCAGAUGUUUGAGCACCCUUUGCAAGUUGUUCCUCAGGAAAUGACUAAUUUUCAGUCUGAAGAGGAAGCUGAAAUAUCUUGUGGAAAAGACAGAGACACUGCCAGUACAGAACAUAUUUUUCUUGUAGAAAAAGAGAACAGUUUUCCACAAAUAGUAAAUGUCUCCAGUUUAAAUGGAUUCCCAGAAUCCUUCACAACAGAACUGUGCAUUGAAGAGUUAGCUGAGAACCAGGCUGGCGGGGAACAAAUUGACAAGGGAGGAAACUGGCCAAAGGCAAAGGAUUCUUCAGUUCAAAGGCUGAAGGCUAAAGAGCCUAGGGACUGGCAGAUAGACAUGGAAUGGCAAAAACUAGCCUCUGCAACCCAGGAAGCAGCACUGAAUGCAGGUGACCUGAUGGACAAAGAGGAGAAUGGUGACACAGAUGAAACUCUCACCUCACUUCUGAGUGAAAUUGUGUCUCUUAAUCAGCAGUUGAAUGACAAUGCUUCAAACAUAUCAGAACUCCCCAACUCCCUAAGCUCUAGCUUUUCUCUAGGAAAUAUGGAAAGUUGUAGUGAAUCAGCUGCUGCAGCUGGAUCUCACUUUACAUCUGGUGCAUUAGAUAGAAGAUCUAAGGACCUCUGUCUUGUGCAAGGGGGUAGUGGUUUUGUAACCCCUCUUCUGCUUGACUUGGAAGAUGACAGUCUAGCUGAUAGUGAUAGGCACUUGAGAGACCCUUCACUUGAACCGAGUGUGUUGAAAUUAAUGCCAGGGUCUGAAGCAAAUUCUGAUCAUUCAGCAAUAAAUAGUGGUAGACGUUGGAAAAAUACAGGACAAAUGCUGAAGACCACAAGUGUGUUGCCUCCUGUUCUACAGAUGAGAACUAAUCUGGAAUCUGACAACACUGGCACUGUUUGGAAGCCCAUGCCCAAAUUAGCACCCUUUGGAUUAAAAGGUGUAAGCUUCCCAUUGGAGUCAGGAGGGCAACAUACUAAGGUGAUGCCUUUAUUAGCACAGAUUGGCACAAAAGCAUCCUCCAUUGGGUUGAAAGCCACACAGUCAGAAGCCGAGGGCAGGACUAUAAAGUAAUACCUGCUCUAGCAUCUGUGAUUACAAAGUCAAAAUAGGGUUGCAGUUUUUAUUUUUCAAAUAUAUUGGACAAAUGCAUGCCCUUUCUAUUUUAGAAUCUUCCAAAACAUCUGAAUUGCAAAGCAUGUGAUGCAGUUUCAGUAGGGGUGCUUUUGCAUGCAACGUAUGAAGCUUGGAAAAUUUUAAUUGAUUUAGAAUAAAUGAAAUGUGCAGCAACAUUCUAAAAUUCCAGCCAAAAAAUUCUAAUUAUACACAGGCCCUGUUGCCUGUUGCUUCUGUUCAUCCAUUGUGAAGUAACUUAAUUUUUUUUAAAAUACAUAUUUUUACAUGGGAAGUGAGACUGUCGUUUUGGUUAAUUGAACCCUUAAAGUGAUAAUCUUUGAUUCAGUGUGUUGUUCCCUUGCUCAGUCUCUCACUGUUGGCAUGCUUCUUCUUUAUAUAUUCCACUGAUGUCCUGCAUUUAUCAAUUCUUCCUGUUUUCCCCUUUUCCUCAAUCAGUUCUUGAAAUACCUGCAAGCCAGAGAAAGGUCUGGUACUAGUCAGAUGGGAAAGACAGAUGUACUUGACUGUACCCAAAUUGUAGUAAUCAUAUGCAUACCAUAGUCAUGGAAUAGCACCAUGAGUUCAGCAGUUCCCAUGUGCCUGCAGGCUGUACUUUCAGAAGAACCUGUGUUUACUUUAUUUCCCAUUAUAUUUGGCUAGUUCUUCUGCCUCUCUAGCCAAGCUGUUAAUACCAAUUUAGCUGCAGAAAUGCAAACCACUUGGAACUGCCACAGCUAAACCAGAUCCUUGCCAUCUGGAUGCUCAGCAAUAAUUUUAUUUGCAAGAUGUAUUUUUUAAAUUAUGUUGUGAUGAUUAAGCCAAAAAUCUAUAGAAACUCUGGAUUGUAAAUAUAUUUAUAGUUUGUACAGUUCAUUUUGUAGUUUUGCUAAUGGAUGAAAGUUCAACCCUUCAACAGUUAAGUUUACUGUCAUAAUUGUAAAUAAGAACUAUGGACACAGGAGCUUUAAGGUACUUCUGAAUGGUGAAGAUCUUUAUUGUUAGAAAUGUACUGCAUCUAAGAAAGACUUGGUGCACUUUUUCUUAUAUAAUUUUAUGUUGAGUAUAAUCGUAUCCAAUUUCUAAAUAGCUAAAUCAGAACCAAUAAUCUUUCUUCUGAAGGAACAUCUAGUCCUUGUCCAGUGCCACAGUUCUAGUUCCAUAAAAAAAACAUUGCCCAUAAGCAAAUGGUAAGGAAUGAUAUUUCCCCUUUAUAUCUGAAUCACAUAGGACACAUUUGUCCUAUCCAGUAGGUGCCCUUUUCUUUACUUUUCUGUGUAGGUUUUUGUCCUAACAAACCAAUCUACACAGUUCAGAGCUGAGUUAGACAUUGUGCAAAUAGCUCAGAACUGGUUGCCUCUAUGAGGUGUCCCUCCAAGCAGGGAUGGUUAGGAGAAACUAGAAAUACUGAGAUCCCCUCCAUGUCUACCCCUCCUGGGAGCAAUAGCCCACCUAUCCUCAGUCAAGUAUGAAACUAGCCAGCAGGGCAGUCUCUAGAUUCAAAGGUGUGAAAGAAUUGGUGAACAGAAAUAGAAUGCAAAGAAACCAAGUGAAUUCUUUGCAUUGGUUUUCACUCUAGAAGCCGUUGGACACACACCCUCCCUGAAAAACCUAGUUCAGGUACGGUUAUCUGCAGAAAUAAGGCCUGGUUCACACAAACAGCAAGUGGAGUGAUAAAUGUGUGCCAACAAUACAGCUUCUGCCUGCAGAAGAAGGCUCACAUGAGAGAACAUUCCUCUACUGGUGGCGGCGGGGGACAGUUACACACAGAUCGCUAGCAUGCUGGGGAGCUGGACUCUGCCAUCUAGGUUUUAGUGUGCAGUAAAUGUAGGAGCGUUCAGUCAUGCAAGUCUCCACCUGCAGUUUGAUAAGGUGACAAAGGUUCUAGGCUAAUUAACAAGCUACUAGGUUAUGGCAGCACAACUAAAGACUUCGGAAAGAAUUCCAAUAUGAAAUUGAUGACCUGACAAAAAUCUAUAUUGCCACACAAAAUGGUCUGCCUCCUUCCCAAAAGAAUGGAAGGUAGCUAAUGUAACACCAAUUUUAAAAAAGGAAUCCAGUAAAUUACAUGAUGCUCAUCUAAUAUCUGUCCCAGUUACUGUACACUGGUACAAAGCAUUAAGGCUAGAAUGUAGUAAACUGGCAUAAGAAACUGCUGAGAAAGAAUCAGCAUAGCAUCUGUAAAUUGAGGCCUGCCUUACAAACAAACCUUUUAAAAUGUUUUGAAAAUAUCUGGUAGACAUUUACUUGAGCUUUUGACAAAGUCCCGCACCAGAUACUCCUCCAGCAAAUUAAGAAGUCAUGGGAUAAGAUGACAAUCCUCUUGUGGUUCAGUAACUGGUUAUUAAACAGAAAGGGAAUGAAUGGAUAGUUAUCACUAUGGAACUUAGUAAGAGUAGAGUUCCCUUUCCAUUCCUAAUUAUUUGUAUUGGGGGUCAGUACUAUGUAACGUAUAUAACCUGGAGUUGGAGGUGAACAUUGUAGUAGGAGCCAACUUAUUCAAGAUGAUACCAAAUUAUUCAGGAUAGUUAAAUCCAAGCAGACUGUGUAAAGCUCCAAAAGGGCCUCUCCAGGCUCAGUGAAUGGGCAACAAAAUGACAAGAGAUUCAAUUUAAGUAUAGAUGCCUGCUGAGGCAAACUCCAACCCCACACCCUGCCUCACAAAUUCUUACUUCACAUCUACACUGAUAGGCUCUAAACAGGCAGUGGCAGCCCAGGAAAGAGAUGCUAAAGUAUGGUGGUAGAUAAUGAAAAUGUCAACUUUGUUCAGGGGCAUAUUCAGUAUUGAGGAUUAUUGGGAAAGGGGCUGAAAACUGCUGGUAUCAUAAUGCCUAUUUAUAAAUCUAUUCUGAAGUUGCAUUUUGAAUACUGUGUGCCGUUCUGGAAUUGCCACUUCAAGAACAGCUGAAGACAGUGCAGAAAAGGUCCACCAAAAUGAUCAGGGGAUUGGGGCAUGUUCAGAAUAAGAAAAGGCUGAAGCAUUUGGGGCAUAGUUUAGGGGGGAAAGGUUGCCUAAGGGGGGCAUGAUAGCCGUGAUUAAAAUGAUUAAUUUUUCGUGGAAAUAUCUUAUUUCACCUCAGAGUAUGAGUCACUCAAAGACAUGUAAUAAAACUGAUUAGUAAUGGAUUCAGAACAGGAGAAAAAUGUCUUUGUGCAGUGCAUAAUUAACAUAGAAUUUGUUACCACAAGAUGGUGGUCAAUUCUUGGAUAUCUUUGAAAGGGAAUUGGACCAAUUCAUAGAGAAAGGGGUCCAUCCUGUUAUGAGAGCUACAUGGAACUUCCAUGUUCAAAGACAGUAUACCUCUGAAUACUAAGUGCUAGGAGACAUAGAGUGGUGGAUGGCUGUUGCCUUCACGUCCUGCUUGUUGGCUUCAUAGAAACAUCUUGCUGACCACUGCUGGGAACAGGAUGUUGGAUCAAGCAGGACAUAAGUUCCUAAUAAUUUUAAGUUCUUAAUAGUUCAAUACAACUGUGUCUUUUUAAAAUAUAUAUAUAUUUAACAUAAGUUAAACGUAACCUACUUGGAGGCUUAAAAGAAGCAGAGUGAACAAGGGCUAUGUAUUUACCAAGGCAUUUAUGUGUAACUAGUGCCAAAAUGUGAAUGGAGAUGUGCAUUCAAAUAUACAACCUAUUGAAAGCAAUGUGUUGCAGAUAUGUGGCAUCCACACUCAGAUACACAUUUGAAUAUGUAUCACAUUUAUGACCAUUCCUCCUAAUUCAGCAAGUGAUAUGCACAUGGUAAGUGAUAUGCACAUUAUGCAAGUGUAACUCCUUAGUUUGGCUUAGGCAAUAUUGUGUAGGUUAAAAGCUGAUCAGGUAUUAGUGCUCAGUUAUUUUCACCUUGACCUACAAAAAAUAACUACUGGGAAGUUUGUUUGUUUUUUUGUUUUACAGUUAUUAUUCUAGUCCAGGGGUUUUUAAAUUAAGGGAUCAAUAGAAAUUCAUGCUAUGAAGUAUACUAUCAUUUAAAUCAAGAGGUUUUGGGGUGGGGAGGAAGACCUAGAGAUUUCAGGAUUUAUUAUUGUACUAAAACUGCUGGAAUGCUUUAAAUGAUGGAAUGAAAUGUGAGAGCUGGCAUUUUUCUAAAGUACUAAUCUUUUUACCUCUUCCACAUUUUUGUAUAAAAUGGUAUUUUUGUACGAAAACAAACAGCUCAUUUCUGUAAAACCUGUGCUGUAAAGCUAAAAUAAACCUAUGUCUUUAAUUCAG